GAAAACUAGAUUAAAAAAGAGAAAAAAAUUUUCAAGAGUGUAUUAGAAUAAUUUGUUUGGGAGCAGUUGACCCUUGCUUUUAUGAUCGUACAGAUAUUCGAAUUAGUUUAUAGAAUUUCUCAUUGUGCCGGCGGUACACAUUUCGACAACAACUCGACGAGAGCUCAAAAUUCAUACAAAAACCUAUUUUUUCCCUAAAACUGUAUUCUUAAAACAAAAGCUAUUUAAAAACAAAAAAAAAACAACAAAAAAAAUGCCAAGACCAACAGGACCUGGACCGGCUGCCUACACCUUGCCAAGCACAUUUGGCUAUGAGAAAUGCGACGCACGCAUGCGCCGUGGUCCACAGUAUUCGUUUGGACGGAAACCUUCGAUGCCGGCCUUCAAGAAAUCUGGUCCUGGACCCGCUGAAUACCAAAUCGGGCAGAUAACGCGAUACGGCAACGCCAAGGGACUCGAGUUCUCCAUGCUGCCACGGGGACAGCUAAACAAACCCAAUUCGGUGCGCUACGAGUGAUACGGCGGCAUGGAGUAACCGUUCCCGGGAAUUAAAUGGGUCACGUAACGAGUCGGAAUGUGCUAAGAUUAGAUUAGUUGUGAUCAUUCGUGCAUUUAGUGUAAUAGUUACAGUCUAUAUCUAUAUAUAUAUAUGGGGCCAGAACUGGUGCUAAUACCAUUCUGGUGCAAAUAAAAUCAUGAUAUACAA